AUUGAAAUAGAAUAGAACAUCGCGUAUGUUACACUGGUGAAUUCCAUUUUAAAACCGAGAGGAAGAAAAAACACAACUGUUCCUCUGUAACAAACCUCUACUCAACAUGGCUUCUAACGUAGAGGGGCAGCAAUUCACUGUAGAUGGAAAAGUGUAUUAUCGCAUUGAGCAAUUUAUUUUGGAUCCUGAUCGCAAACGUCCUUUGAUUGGCUUUCAAAGUUUUGUCGAACUUGUAGAUCAACGAUCAGCAAGAAAAACGUACAAGUGCACACUUUGUGGCGUCUCCGCUUUGGGAAACAGCAACAUCAUUUACCAUUUCCUUGGUAUUAAGCACAGAAAACGUUAUAUUGCGAUGAAGUAUCCAAAUUUGCUGAAAUAUAUAUCUUCGUCCAAGAAGAAAGCUUCCAAAAAAGACAACUUUACAUUUGUAGAAAAAAAAAUAGAGAUGUUAGAAGGUACAUGUAAGUUCAUGAACAUUGCUACAAUACUUUCAAAAGAGCCUACAUCGCCUAUGACAUGGCCCAAGAGUCAAGCUAUGCAGGCAUCCCAAAUUAAGGCUGAACCUGGUGUAAAACCAGAUGAUAAGAAUGCGGUUGCGGUCUCUGACAAUCACAACACAAUAAACAUCUCUGAGUCCAAAAGCCAGGUGACAUCAACGAUGGAAUUUGUGGAAUGUAAUGAAGCAGCACAGUCUUCAUCCUUCUAUGAACAUAAUGUUGAUAGCACGUCUGGAAUAUGUUUGGAUGAAGAACCAAGCAGGAAGGAAGCCAGUAGCUCUUCUAAAAAGAACCAGCCCAGCUCCCAUCAGGAUGAUUUGCAAGUUUCUUCUUCAAGUAACACAUUAGAACACCGUCCCAGAACCCUUACAUCAGACAUGCUUCGCCUCAUAAAAGGAAAAGACGUUGGCACAGUUCUGCAAAUCCUACAGCACUUAGCUCCACAUUACUCAUCUCUUCAAGAUGUAGACCUCGAAUUAUUUGCAGAGAUCCUUUCUCAAGCUGAUGCUUCAGUUUGAAACUGAACAUUAAUUUGGAUGUGUGUAUAUCGAAUGGCCAAAAUUGAAAAUUAUCCAGCUUUUAAUUUUUUUUUCUUCCGACAUUUUAAAACUCCAUUCUCUGUUUCAAAAUUCAAGAUUUAGUGAAUGUCUUUGAUUGCUUGAAACAUUUGACUAUUCUGAGUUUCAUAGAUGAGUUAUAUUUGCAAAAUGUUUAGCAAAAGGGAACAAGCUAAUAUGUGUUAUACAUGAUAAUUUUUUAGGGCCUUUCUGCAACAAAUAUAAAUUAUUAUUAUUAUUAUUAUGCAAAUUAAAAGUGUAGAGCUGAAUUUUUUUUAGUCCUGCUUAUCGUGAUGCUUGGUCAAAUAAGAAUAGCAAAUACAUUUUUGUUUUUAUUUGUUAGCACCCCAAGAAUGUCAGAAUUGUUUACAAAGUAAACAAACACACACAUUAACAUAAUUGAAUUAUAUAUCCUGUAUUAUAUUUUAUACUUUUCACAGAAACCACUAUUAAUUCUCCACACACCGAUACUAGAGUAACUGCUGGACUUUUUUUCCAGAGAAAUGGACAUGAGCUAGACAAAAAUGUUACAGCAUACAUCUGCAUUUGAGAGUUAGACAAUUUUGACAUAUCACAAUUAUGGGAAGUGUGAUUAUAUUGGAGGACA